AUGUUUGACGUCCCCUUAGAAGUCAAACAACCUCCAACCAUAAUCAAGCAGUCUUUAAAGGAGCACAUUGUUGACCCAAAGGAAACCAUGGUGAUAGAGUGUGAGGCCAAAGGAAACCCCUAUCCCAUUUUUUCCUGGAGACGCAAUGGGAAGUAUUUCAAUGUGGCACGUGAUUCGCAGACGUCGAUGCGUAGACGCUCUGGGACGCUGGAUAUUUAUGCCAAGAACAAUCCCGAACAGUACGAAGCCGAGUACCAGUGCAUUGCCUCCAAUCAGUAUGGAUCAGCGUACUCCAAUAAAAUUAGACUCAUGCUUUACAGAGCUCCAGUCUGGCCGAGGGAGAUCCAGGAGCCAGUGGUGGUCAGUGCGGGGUUACCUCUGGUGCUGCCCUGUGACCCUCCGCCCGGACCCCCGAGACCUGAGACCUACUGGAUGAAGAGCUGCUCCUAUGCCAGACCCUUUAACUGGCCCGUUCAGACCGCCUUUCCCACCAUGAAGGCCGUGCCGCAGGACCGCAGAGUCUCGAUGGGAGUCAACGGAGACCUGUACUUCUCCAACGUCCUGUUCAACGACUCAGUGACGGAUUUCUGCUGCAACACUCGCUUCCCCUACAAGAACAUCAUCCAGCAGAAGAUGCCUGUGGUGGUGAAGGUGCUCAUCAACUGGUUAAUGUGCUGCUACUGUGCUUCUUUACUAACGCGCUCGGUGGUGGAGGCUGCCCCCUCCUGGCUGACUCCUGUCGGUACAUCCAGCUCUGUGGUUGUGCUGCAGGGAGAGGAGCUGCUGCUGGAGUGCGUCGCUGCAGGCAUGCCCACUCCUCACAUCACCUGGACCAAAGACGGUGGGAGUCUGGACGUAACCUCCCGAAUGAAAGUCAAGAAUUUCAACAAGUUAAUUCAAAUCCCAAAGGCUGCUUUUGAAGAUGCUGGUGAAUACAUUUGCAGUGCCACUAAUAGACUGGGCUAUAUCGAGCACACCAUAACAGUCAGGGUGAAAGCGGCUCCUUUUUGGUUGGAGAAACCCACUAACUUGAUCUUGGCCCCUGAGGAGAACGGGCGCCUCGUUUGCCAAGCAGACGGUGUACCGCGUCCUACUAUUGAAUGGUUUAUAAAUGGAGAACCUAUUGAAUUUGCCACGCACCAGCCCAACAGGGAGGUCUCAGGAGACGCCCUCGCUUUCCGCAGUGCAACCGUAGAAAACACAGCUGUCUAUCAGUGUAAUGCGUCCAAUCAGUUUGGAUACCUGCUGGCCAACGCCUUCGUCAACGUGCUGCAUGCCCCGCCGCGGAUCCUCAGUCCCAGGAGUGAGUACGUGAAGGUGAUUGAGGGCACGCGCACCUUCUUAGACUGUCUCUACUUCGGAUCUCCACUGCCUGAGUUACGAUGGUCAAAGUAUGGCCAGGGGAAUCUCGAAGGCAACCGUUUCAAGACUCACAGAAAUGGCACGUUGCAGAUUAAUCGCAUUCAAGUAGAGGACCAAGGGACUUACAUUUGUGUGGUCAGCAACAUCGCCGGGAGAGAGGAGAGCCAAGUUCAGCUCGAGGUUAAAGAACCAACAAUAAUCGUCACAAAGCCUCAGAAUAUGAAGGUGAUGCGUGGGACUAAUGUGCGGUUGGAUUGUGUGGUUAAAUCGGACGCCACUGCUCCCGUCACAGCGACCUGGCUGAAGGAAAAGAGUUACAUCACUCUGGGCUGGAGGUUUAACAUGGAGGAAGGCAAUCUGCUCAUCAGUUCUGUAAACAGAAGAGAUGAGGGGAACUACACGUGUCUGGCUAAAGGGGAACUGGACCAAAAGUCUGCCUCAGCACAGCUACUGGUCAUGGAUCGGCCUGAUCCGCCCACUGAUUUGCAGUUGUCAGACCCAUAUGAACGCACAGUGAGACUCACGUGGAUUCCUGGAGACAAUAACCACAGUCCAAUCACAGAGUAUUUCGUCCAGUACGAUGAUGACGACUGGUUACCGUGGAAAUGGAGAAACCUUACCUCUUAUCCGGGAAACCUGAAUUCUGUGAUCCUGCACCUCAUUCCCUUCACCUACUACGAGUUUCGGGUCAUCGCCGUGAACGAGAUCGGCCCGAGUCGCCCCAGCCGCCCCUCCUCACGCUUCCAGAGCAGCGGUGCACCCCCUGAUGUUAUUCCAAAAAAUCUUAAAGGUGUGGGGACAUGGAGGAAUAACAUGGAAAUAAGCUGGGAGCCUCUUUCGUAUCGAGAGUGGAACGGCCCACACCUGAAAUAUUUGAUUUGGUGGAGAAGGAGAGAUUCCAGAGAAGAAUGGAGAAACGCCACAACCAAAUGGCUGAGAUACUGGAUUUACGACGCAGAUACUUUUACUCCGUAUCAACUGAAGAUACAAGCGGUCAAUGAAUUUGGGCUGGGGCCUGAAUCUCCCAUCGUCAUCGGAUUCUCCGGGGAAGACCGUCCAGUCGCCUCCCCUUUGAACCUGAGAGUGUCGGACAUCCAGAGCACUCAGGUCACUCUGCACUGGGACACAGUCGACAAAAACUCUAUCAUGGGUGAACUGAAAGAGUAUAAGGUUUAUUAUUGGAGGGACAGCAGCCAGUUGCGGUGGCACAGAGUCAAUAGAGGAAUGAAGUCCCAAUCAUUCCCCGACGACAGCCCUGAGCCGUCUGGAGUCCUCUCCGAACUCAUCCCUUACAGCAACUACAAAAUGUACAUCGUGGUGGCCAACAGCCGCUAUGAAGGCCCAGCCAGCAAUUACAUCCACUUUUCUACGCCUGAAGGAGUGCCAUCUGUUCCAAAGUCUUUCCGGAUCCAGCAGCGGCAUCUGGAUAGUAUUUAUGUUGACUGGGAGCUGCCAGCCGAGCCCAAUGGAGUCAUCACUGGGUACUCCCUGAAGUACCAGACAGUGAACGCCAGCAGAGGAGAGGAGCUGAGGGUCGAGGAGUUUCUGCCCAAUGUCACGAGUUUCUCCAUCCCCCGCUUCGACCGCUACACACGCUACCGCUUUUCCAUUGCCGCACGCACACAACUCGGCCUCGGGGAGUGGUACACAGAGGAGUCGCCGCACUACACCACUGAAAUUUAUGCCCAGGACCAGGUGGACAUCACGACUCAGGGCUGGUUCAUCGGCAUCAUGUGCGCUGUGGUGCUGCUGGUGCUCAUCCUGCUGAUCGUCUGCUUCAUCAAGAGAAGCCGAGGAGGCAAAUAUCCAGUGCGCGAGAAGAAAGACAUAUCUCUGGAGCCGGUGGACGACAAAGAACCAGAAGGGUCUUUUGAUUACCGGUCCCUUGAAAGGAUAACUCGAGUGCCGACAUUGCCUUAUCAUCCUCGCCGAGAGGAAGAGCGUGGCAUUCAGAGAGGGCAGCCAUCUUUGGAGUCCAUGAUGAAGCGUGCGUACAGUGACGACAGUUUGGUGGACUACGGCGAAGGAGGAGAGAUCCCCUUUAACGAGGACGGCUCUUUCAUCGGGCAGUACACGGGCGCCAGGCGGGACGUGCGCGACCUGGACUACGGCGGAGGCCUCAACAGCAUCUACUCUCUGGCUUGA